AUCGCUCGAAUUGUUCUACUCUGGGUAAACAAUCAUUUCAACGAUUUUGAAUGUAACGCUGACAUGAUGCAGCUGCUUGAUCGCUUCGAACAGGCGCUUGAACGAGAUCAGAUGCACAGCCAACAGUCUCUUCUGAACAUCGCAUGCAGCGUGAAGUCUCGCACAAGAACAGUGAUCUAUUCGCGUUCAAGUCGCGAGCAGCCUCUUUCACUGUCCGUGCUGGGCGGCAAAGAAAACGGCUCAUCCGGCAUCUUUGUUUCCGAUGUACAGCGUGGUAGCCACGCUGAGAAAAUUGGUCUCAAAAGAGGCGAUCAGUUGCAGCAAGGGAAUGAGGGAGCGCAGAGGGGCUCUGUUCCAUGUAUGAUAAACAUGAAUUCGCGACAGAAUGCUACCUCCAAUUUCCCCUAUUUACCUCCGAGUGGUGCCGGAAAUAAAACUUCGAUGAUGGAUAAAUUGCUCACAAUGCUGAAGAAUCUGCCGAGCUCGUUUCCGGACGCUGCUGCUGUAGCGGCUGAAUCAAAAACAUUAAACCCGACACGAUCGAAUUCACUGCGUGCAAGCCGCUCAAAUCCGGAUAUCGCUGGGCAUUCUCUUGGUCCAUCGCGCAUCCCAGCCAUGAAUAUUGCGCAGUACUAUCAGCCAGCAAGUAGCCCAUGUCCAGAGCACGUGUUAAAAGUGUAUCGCGCGGACCAGUCUUUCAAAUCUGAGCCGCUUGUGCCGGACGAAUUGGCUCCGGAAGUGCUCAAAGAAGCGGAAACUCAUUUGUUGCAGUUAAAUGCUCAAAUACUUGCCGCGCAGCUGACUCUGCAGGAGAUGUGGUGGGUAGCCACGGAAAUCUGUCGUGAGAAAGGCUUACAAAAAAGAACCAAAUUGGUGAAGAAGUUUAUCAAAAUAGCGCGCUAUUGCCGUGACUUUAGGAAUUUUAACUCGAUGUUUGCAAUAAUGAGCGGCUUGGAGAAGCCUGCUGUCCGGAGAUUACACCACACCUGGGAACGCGUUCCAAGCAAGUAUGUGAAAAUGUUCGAGGAUGUGCAGCAUCUGGUGGAUCCAUCCAGGAACAUGUCUAAGUAUCGUCAGCAUCUUGCAAUUGUGUCGCAAGAACCGCCUGUUGUGCCUAUUUAUCCAGUGCUAAAGAAAGAUUUAACAUUUUCUCACGAGGGAAACCCAACGUAUUGCGAAAAAUUGGUCAAUUUUGAAAAGUUACGAAUGAUUGCGAAGGCGAUUCGUUCGGUCACGAAACUUUGCAGUGCGCCAUAUGAAAUAAGCGUCAUGGCCCAGCAGGAACUUUGUUCAAUAACAUUUGAUAACACUGCAGUGAAAAGUGCGCAGCCUCGCCGCAAACUAUACGAGCAGGCGCUGAUGGUACGCAAAGUGAAAUCUUACCUUUCCAAUUUGAACGUUGUUGAAUGCGAAGCGCAACUGGAUCAGCUCUCGUACGACUGUGUCGAGUCGCCUCACGCAGUACAGAAGAUGCUUUCAUUGGCCCAGAACUCACGCUUAAAACAGCAAGGUACUGGUGUAAAUACGAUGAAUGUGAGCCCCGUGCAAUCUCCUUUGCUCUCCUCGAAAGGUGUUCGUCUGCGAAACACUCCUCUACCAGUGCGUCGCGUCCCUUCUAUAUCCUGUCAGCAUCAUACCAGUGGGCCGGUGGCUUCGGAAGUUCAGCCGGUUGACCUGAAUGCCGAAAGUAGUUCCGUAACAAGCUUAUACGCACCAAGACUUCACACCGCCGAAAGUCUGUGA